CUGUGUAAAACCCUCUUUCAACGGUCACAAUAAUAAAAUCCUGUGUUAUUUAAACCCUUUCAACUAGUUUUUUUUGUAAUGUAGAGAUGGCUGUAAAAAUACAGAUUCAAAGCUGUUUGAAAUAUACAUCUGACUAAUUAAUCACCUGCAAGGAAGACGGUAUUUUUGCUUGAUCUCAUAAUAUUUACUAAUACUGUAUCUCGUUCAAUGUCAUCUCUACAUUGGAAAUUAUGAAAUUCUUUUCAGAAAUAAUUUGCAUAAUAUGUCUUAUUCAUAGUAUAAAAUCAGAUUGUGCAAAUCCUAAAGUUGAUACAGUCAAUGUUAAAACUGUUCUUUGGAGUCCCUCUGAUAGCUACAGAGUGUGUUGGAGUAAAUCAGAAGAGCUACUGCUCUAUGCACGACGUGUGGCUCAAGAUCUACUGCCCAAGAAAAUACCAAAAGAUUUGAGUCAAACAAUACAUUAUCUAGAAAUUAUCUGGGAAGCUAUUCAAAAAUUCAGUCCCAAACUUUCCAGUUCAAAAGAAAUUCUUCGUCCAGCAGUUGCUGAUGUUCUGGGAGGUUACCUUCAGUCCAUAGCGCUGCCAAUGGUAAAUGAGGGUUAUUAUGCUGGAGAUGUUGAUUAUGCUGUGGUGAAAGCAUUUUAUGAUCUGUUCCAUAGAGUAAAGGCUUACCUGGAUACAGAUGGCAGGGGUUGGCACAAACCCUGUGACAUGAAGGAAAUUCCCACAAGGGUGUCAUCGUUCGACUAUCACCUCAUCCCUGAGGAGUCAGACCGGUAUGCCUGUGACGAGCUGCAUUUACCUGACUCAGCAUGUCAAUCGUAUGAGACCACAACAUUCUGUGCCAAACUAAUUAGAAAAGUUGCUCCCCACCUCCACACUCCCACGCAGUGUCAUAUGGAAACAGAGUGGUUUCCUGGUUUCGGCAGUGUCAUGAGAAUUCUAGAAACUAUGCAUCAACAUGGUUUAACUCCAGGCGAGUCCCGUGGCCGUGACUAUGGUAUAAUGCACAAUGGUGCCAUUCACCGCCAUAGAUCCGGGACCGGGUUCCAUGGCUUCGGCAAAGCCAUAACCGACAUAGGCACAGGCGAGGGAUCUGGCCGCUUCUCAGCCUAUGGAAUCGUCUCUCACAUCAAGAGCUUGCCCUAUGUGGGAGACAUUGUUGAAUACGAUCCGAUUCUAGCGUUACUAGGAUUUUUCAUUAUUCUAGCUCUGCUUGUGUUUUGUCUCAAAAACUGCUGCAAGGACGAUGAAAAGAAGAAAGCUGGCUUAUGUAGUUCAAGUCGAACACCGCUUCUUUCAUUAUACUACAAAUGUCUUCAGACGAUUGGUAUGAAAGCCAGUUCUGAUGCAGAAAAUAGCAAGAGUGUAGAAACCGUAUCCUCACUGAAUGAUAACCAAAGCCGACCUUCAGCCACUGUUAACUCUGAAAGAGUGAUGUCGGCAUCAAUGCUUGAAGGAAGCUCAAGCUCAUCAAUAGCAUCAUCAGCCCCCAAAAGAAGCAGGAAGACUCCGUCCAGAAGAAGAAGGUCGACAAGAAAAGAGCGCAGAUCGAUUAGGAGAGACGAAAAAUCAAGAAAGGACGAGGAUAAAGACCACUUCUCAGUCAGGAGGUCCAUUAGGAAAAGAUAGGAACGAUCUGGAGAUAGAGAUAGAAAGAAAAUAGUGCCACAGCCAACAUCAAACCCUUCGCCAAAUGAAGGUUUUGUUGAUUAUUUCAAAAGGCAGUCUUAAGAUUAUCUAACUGGCAAUGGAAGCCUUGGCUCAUAAAAUGAAAUUCUGAUAGUGGAGAUAAAAAUGGAAGCAAAAUAAAGCAAGUUGAUUAUUUUGGAAAAUGCUUAGCUCUAGAGACGGAUGAUGAUAUUGCAACUAAAAUAUCAUAGCAGCUAAAUAAAAGGUGUACUUGCAAUCAACAAAUCAGCCUUCAAAUUAAUAAUUUCUUCAAAAUUGGCAACACUAAAUCAUAAACUACCAGCAUAGGAUUGUGUAUAAACAUAGUUCACAAGCAAAUGAUGAAACAAUAAAGAAAUCGUAAAUAUCAAAAUGUAAAUUCUUCACAUUCACUUUGAGCUGCUAAAUAAUGAAUUAAUUUGAAUAAGUUUGUGUAUGAAAUUAGCGAUAUAAUUUUGAGUGGAAAAUAGCAAAUUUACUUCUUGUAUG